UGAAAGAUAUUUCUCCGAACAGUGGGAGUUGCAAAUUCCAGUUUCAGUCUUUUUCAGGAUUUUUCUCUCUUUUUGUAGGGUAUUCUUUUUGUUUUUGACACAGCGAAAGGAGACCUCAUUGCAUACAUAUCUAUUCAUUCGCUCUCAGACGAAGUCAUUCCAUUCAGUCCGGACAAUUCACACUCGUUUUGUACUCGUAGAGCCAUAUCCAACUUAUAGCACUUGAAUCUUACUAAUCUUCCGGCUUCUUUUGAUACUUAUUUUUCAGCAUAAUGGCUAGGAAGGAAAGAGUGUUGACAGCCAACAUCCCCAACGCUGCACCCGAUGACAGACCGCAAGAAGUUCUAGAUGAAUUGGAAUAUGGAAAAUUGUCUACCAAGCGGUAUUUGUAUGUUUCCAAACAUCCAGUGGGUGAACCUUUACCUACUCCUAUAGAUGAUGAACCACCAUAUAUUAUCUAUCUUGCAACCUAUAUAAGUUAUCUUAUCUUGAUCAUAAUAGGUCACAUUCGAGACUUCUUUGGCAAGUUUUUCAAGCCUAAGGAGUAUGCUGAUUUGAUCGAGAAAGACGGCUACGCUCCUUGGUACGACGGUUUUGAGAGUUUCUAUGUACGUCGUUUGAAGAUCAGAAUCGACGAUUGUUUUGCCAGACCUAUCCACGGAGCACCCGGUCGUUACGUCAAAUGUUUUAACAGAAUCAGACACGGUAAAACCGGCUAUCUUUACGAUGGAACUUCCAAUGAGUGUUUGAACUUAUCUUCUUACAACUACUUGGGUUUUGCUCAGUCCAACGGAGUGUGUACUGAUUACGCCUUGGGUUGUGUUGAUGACUACGGCACUUCUGCCUGUUCUCCUAGAGCCAUUUCGGGAACCACUGACUUGCACCAAAAGUGUGAACGGGUCAUAGCUGACUUUGUCGGAAAGGAGGACGCUAUUAUUGUGUCGCAAGGGUAUGGUACGAAUGCCAACUUGUUUUCGUCUAUUGCUGAUUCUAAGACGUUGGUCAUCUCUGACGAGUUGAACCAUGCUUCUAUUAGAUUCGGAAUCAGAUUGUCCGGUGCUUCCGUCAAGGUCUUCAAGCAUAAUGACACGAAGGACUUAGAAAAGUUAAUCAGAAACCAGAUUGCUCAAGGUCAGCCAAAGACCCACCGUCCCUGGAAAAAGAUCAUCAUUGCCGUAGAAGGGUUGUACUCCAUGGAAGGAAACAUGUGUAACUUGCCUGAAAUAGUAGAAAUCAAAGACAAAUACAAAUGCUACUUGUUUGUCGAUGAGGCUCACUCCAUUGGUGCCUUAGGUCCUGGUGGAAGAGGUAUCUGUGACUAUUUCUCGGUAGAUCCGGCUAGAGUUGACUUGUUGAUGGGCACUUUUACCAAGUCGUUUGGUGCUACUGGUGGUUACAUUGCUGGGGACAAGUACUUGAUUGAAAAGAUGAGAACCAACUACAUCACCCAGGUGUACUCUGAAAGUGUUCCACCUGCAGUGAUGGGACAGAUCAUCUCGUCGUUGAGCGUUAUUGAAGGUACUUUGAAUCCAGGUGAGGGACAAGAAAGAUUGCAGAGAAUUGCCUUCAAUUCGCGUUAUUUGAGAUUGGGAUUAAAGAAAUUGGGUUUCAUUGUCUAUGGUGCUGACGACUCUCCGGUUAUCCCUGUCUUGUUGUUUUUGCCUGCCAAGAUGCCAGCUGUCUCGAGAAUGUUGUACGAUAUGAAGAUUGCCGUUGUUAUCGUCAGUUACCCUGCCACACCUUUGAUAUCUGGUAGAGCCAGAUUGUGUGUCAGUGCAGCUUUGACCAAAGAAGACUUGGACUACGUUCUUCAAAAGUUCAACGAAGUCGGAGACCAGAUUUUCCUCAAGUUUAGUAGCGGUAUCGCUGGAGGCUCGAAGGUUGAAGGCGAGCCACCCAGAUGGGCCAUUGAAGACGUUCUUGCUACCAACGUCGAGGAUUGUAAAAAGCCAAAGCUAGGAUACUUCAACUGAAAUUGGCGAUUUCUCCCAUCAAUGUACAUAUAUAUACCACCACACGCAUACAAUAUUGCUACUGUUUUAAUAAGCACUUCUAAUUACAGUUAACUAAUUUAUAAUAAUCAUAAUGUCAUACAAAUAUAC